GGUCAUAGAAAAAAUUAGAAAUCCAUUUGUAUCCCUGCGUGCAGCAAGGAAUUCUCUGUAUUUCACCGAUUUUAUGCAACUGACACACUUUUGCUGCCCGUCGUCAAUCUCUGACGGUCUGCCACCCUUCAAACAGUUGUUUGCCAUGCCGCUCUUCAACAAGAAGUUCGAGUCGAAGCCGAUUCCAGUGCGUCAGGGACGUUGCAAUAUAGGACAUCCGGUGGCCACCGAGGAUUUGGAUGACUUCCGCCAGAUUUCCCUGACGCUGGGCAACAAGGAGCUGCGGUUUGCAGACGGCAUCUGGAUGCAUUCGACCCGAAAGGGCGACGUGGAUGACAUGCUCCGGCUGAACAAGAAGUUUCGUGCCCUUGAGGAGGAGAACAAUAUGUGUAAUCUCAAGAUCGAGGUGAUGCUGGAUCUGCUGGCGGAGCAUGCGACGGAACUAAGUGAGCUGAAGCCGAAGGAAAAGUGAUAAAAAGCUGUUUAAAAUAAAGGGAAUACUUAAAACACGGAAUAUUUUUUAUUUUCAAAUGUUCAAAAACAACAAACUACAUAAAUACGUUUUGAUUUCACUAAUAAAAUGCUAAAA